GCGUCGAGCGCACGCCGCGCGUCUGACGCGAGCGCAACACUUGUGAUUGGCCAAAACGGAAAAUGUAGACACACGCCACAAUCUUCACAAUGAUCCGCUGAGCAGAGUGAUCUGCAGCGUUUCCCGAUAUUUACAUCUCACUGGAUUGACUGGAAAUUAAGGGAUCUCACUGUUCGUAAUGGGGAAUCUGAUCAAGGUUCUCACACGAGACCUUGACAACAAUGGCGGAAACUUUUUCCUGGACUUUGAAAAUGCCAAGCCCACAGAAGCAGAGAGGAGAGUAUGGGAGGAGGUCAAUACGGUGUUAAAAGAGUCUGUGAGCAUACUACACGACCUGCAGUCUUACAGCGGAGCGGGUGAAGCCAUCAGACAGGCCAUACAGCAUCCGAACGACGAGCGCGUGCAGGAGGGGGCGUGGAACGCUGUGGUUCCACUAGUGGGCAAACUAAAGAAGUUUUAUGAGUUCUCACUCAAAUUGGAAGACGGUCUUCAAGACCUGUUGGAAUUCCUCACCAGCGCGCGCUGCAGUCCGACGCAACAUCUGGAGCAAGAGCAGGCCUUGGCAAGGCAGUUCGCCGAGAUCCUGCAUUUCACGCUGAGGUUCGAUGAGCUGAAGAUGACCAACCCGGCCAUCCAGAAUGACUUCAGCUACUACAGAAGAACCCUGAGUCGCAUGCGGAUCAACAAUCAAGCAGCAGAGGAGCAUAAUGAGGUUGACAACGAACUGGCCAAUCGCAUGUCUCUCUUUUACGCCAAUGCCACGCCCAUGCUGAAAACGUUAAGCGAUGCCACAACUAAAUUUGUAUCAAAGCAUGCAGAGUUACCAGUAGAGAACACGACAGAUUGUCUGUGUACAAUGGCAAGCGUUUGUAAAGUCAUGUUAGAGACACCGGAGUACCGCAGUCGCUUCGCUAGUGAGGACACUGUUUCUUUCUGUCUGCGUGUGAUGGUGGGUGUGAUCAUUCUGUAUGACUACGUCCAUCCUGCCGGAGCCUUCGUCAAAUCCUCAAAAAUCGAUAUGAAAGGAUGUAUUAGGGUACUGCGAUAUCAGCCGCCCAACAGUGUGGAGGGGCUUCUCAAUGCGCUCAGGUACACAACGAAACAUUUGAAUGACGAGACUACCGCCAAGCAAAUCAAAAACAUGUUGCAAGCUUGACAGUGUCUACCCAAAGUAUUAGCGCUCAAAUACAUUUGACCAGACGCUUGCGCAGUUUUUGUAAUACGGGAAUAGCCAUGUAUCAUGUGGCAGCUACUGUUGACAGUCUGUUUUUAUCUUAAUUGUUUUUGUUAUUUACAUUUUAUUUGACUAGAAUUAAAGUUGUGUGGCCUUUAGAUUCUAAUAAAACGUCUUUGUUGUGGUGCCGCCCUAACAGAGAUGAGCUGAAUUCAUUUCUACCAUGUUCCCUACUGUUGAGCAGCCAGGCAGUUUUUUGUGUAUUUUAACUGUUUGCUUAAGAAUGACAAUUUUUACUGUGACUUUUAUUAACAACUGAACUUAAUAAACUUAUUUUAACCAAA